UAACUUACAAUCACCAUCUUUUAAGAAGCAGUGUAUUGCUGCUGUAUCAAGAAGCCAGCUCAUUGGUUAGGAACCAAGGGAAUCAUGAAGCUAGACUCCUACUUAUUCUGAACCCUCAAGUGCAGGUUAGUGAUGGUCUGGUAUGUGUGUGCUGCAGGGAUCUGGGGUCAGGACAAAGAAGGUCACACGAUUGGUGACAUUGUUUUCUGAUUAGGUGUUGGGUUCACGGGUGCUGAUUUUAGUUUAGCAACAUACAUGAUAUACCGUAGUUUUUCAGUGAAGUGAUAAAGGAAAUUAGACAUAAUGAUUAGCAUAAUAAUUACUUGGGGGGAUAUUUCACUGCACUUUGCUGACUGUAGCCCAUCGCUUGCUGCCUUGCAUGAAGGAGACACCUUUACUAUUGGCCGAUUGACAAAACUGCAGGUAAUCACUUUAAAGCUACCCGGUUAUACUGCAUACGGUUGAGCUAUUGCUUCUUCUCUGUUUUCUGUUCCUUGUGUCCUCAUUGCCAGUAUCAUGAGUGUAGGGACAGCUUGGGCUUGCCUGGGGUUUCUCCUGAGAGGCAUGGGCUGGGCUGCAGCUGACUCUUCAGUGUCCCCUUGUUUUGUAUGUCUAGUCUCUGGGAUGGGGCACAGAAGGCAGUCAUAGAGCCUUCCGUGCUUCUGUGUUUUUAACCCAGUGGUCAAGUGAUGGUUCGGGACUGGAGGUGCUGUGUAAGUUAGAGCAGUACCCCGGUAGAGUGUUAGCAACUUGAAGCUGGGAGACUGGGUAAGGAAACCAUCUGAGGUUUUAAUUGGAAUCCAUAGUCCUGUGUUAUUUUUCCCAAGCAAGUUUUGGGCACUGUGGCUUUCUUCCUGGAAAUGAGGGUUUGGAAUUAGGUUUCCUGGUACAAAAUGCCUUCUUUGAUCUUUUGGAAUGAAAACUUGGUCUUCCCCCAGCCCCACACCCCUGUGGCCAGUUCUAGUUCAGAAGAUCCAAAGGGAAGAUUGGCCUCUUUUUUUUUUUUUUCUUUUUUGAAAAAAAGAGAACAACUAUUGGUGAUAGAAUGUACUUGUUUGUCCUGCUAGUUUAAGAAUCAGAAGCCCCAAACUAGGAUUGGUCUGUCGCAAAGGACAGUGUAAUAAUGAAAGAGUCUGUUGGAAAGAGGCUCAAGAAGUGGGUUUGGCUAGUGCAUCCUGGCUUUUAGUUGAGACGGAAGGUGGUUUUACCACCUCAGAUUAACUAAUGAGAGACCCCUAAGAUGGGGGGGAGUCUAGGAUGUAGUCAAGUCGUCCAAGUCCCAGGAUAACUGCUACUGGAAAACGGGGGCCGGGAGAAGGAAAACGCAGCUUCCUCGAUUAAAAAAAAAAAAAAGCACACCCGCUCUCCACUGAUCUUCAGAGUCACCGUCCUCUGCAGGCUUGGGAAUCUGAACUUGCUUGUGAGUGUCUUCCCAGAUCCUGAGAGCUUUGUUUGCCAAAGUUUCCACUGCUUCAUUGUUUGUCUUUGGGGUUUUCGGUCUCUGACCAGCAUUCCGCUUUGCCCAUUAGAGUUGCCUCACUGUUUACUCUGGCUGUUUGGCCUUUAUUUCAGCGACAGGGAAAGGCAUUUGCAAUGGCAGACUUUCUAAGUUCUCUGGAGAUACAUAUGGAACAAAGGAGCUGCCCCUGUGUCACCCAGCCCCUCAGUGACAGUCUGGAAAAGGAACAGAGGUGAUAUUGCAGUGGAUGAGCAGAGAGAAGCCUGCCUCUGGUGCUCUUGAGCUGGUCUGCCCAUAGGGAGCCUGCUGGGAGAACGUAUAGCUUCCAAAGACUCCUCCUGGAGCGCCUCUCUCAUCGUCCUCUCCCUUGGAGCAGUCAGUACCUCUCUGCUGGAGGACCUGGGCUGGGUGUGCCCGGGAGCUGGCUUUCACUGUAGCCCUGCCAGGCUUUCCCCGGACCUCGCAGAAGAGCGUCACCAGCCCCCACGGCUUUCCAACACAUCACCUCUUUUCAUGCCGUUUGGCACAGAUCGAAUCUACAGGUUAUACAAUGGUCGAUGGAGUAAUGAUCCUUCCUGUGCUAAUGAUGAUGGCUUUCCCUUCCCCGAGUGUGGAAGAUGAGAAGCCCAAGGUCAACCAGAAACUUUACAUGUGUGUGUGUGAGGGCCUCUCCUGCGGGAACGAGGACCACUGUGAAGGCCAGCAGUGUUUUUCUUCUCUGAGCAUCAACGAUGGCUUCCAUGUUUACCAGAAGGGCUGCUUUCAGGUUUAUGAGCAGGGGAAGAUGACGUGUAAGACCCCGCCGUCACCUGGCCAGGCUGUGGAGUGCUGCCAAGGGGACUGGUGUAACAGGAACAUCACGGCCCAGCUGCCCACUAAAGGGAAGUCCUUUCCCGGAACACAGAAUUUCCACCUGGAAGUUGGCCUUAUCAUCCUCUCGGUGGUGUUUGCAGUGUGUCUUAUAGCUUGCAUCCUUGGAGUUGCUCUCAGGAAGUUUAAAAGACGCAAUCAAGAGCGCCUGAACCCCAGAGACGUGGAGUAUGGUACCAUUGAAGGGCUCAUCACCACCAAUGUGGGAGACAGCACUCUAGCGGAACUACUAGAUCACUCGUGUACAUCAGGAAGUGGCUCCGGUCUGCCUUUCCUGGUACAGAGAACGGUGGCUCGCCAGAUAACCCUGUUGGAGUGUGUCGGGAAGGGCCGGUAUGGAGAAGUGUGGAGGGGCAGCUGGCAAGGCGAAAAUGUCGCUGUAAAGAUCUUCUCCUCCCGAGACGAGAAGUCAUGGUUCAGGGAGACGGAAUUGUACAACACUGUAAUGUUGAGGCAUGAAAAUAUCUUAGGUUUCAUCGCUUCAGACAUGACCUCCAGACACUCCAGUACCCAGCUGUGGCUCAUCACGCAUUACCACGAAAUGGGAUCGUUGUAUGACUACCUUCAGCUCACUACUCUGGAUACGGUUAGCUGCCUUCGGAUCGUGCUGUCCAUAGCCAGCGGCCUUGCCCAUUUGCACAUAGAGAUAUUUGGGACCCAAGGGAAGUCCGCCAUUGCCCAUCGAGAUCUGAAGAGCAAAAACAUCCUGGUGAAGAAGAACGGACAGUGCUGCAUAGCAGAUUUGGGCCUGGCAGUCAUGCAUUCCCAGAGCACAAACCAGCUUGAUGUGGGAAACAACCCCCGUGUGGGGACCAAGCGCUACAUGGCUCCGGAAGUGCUCGAUGAAACCAUCCAAGUGGAUUGCUUUGAUUCUUAUAAGAGGGUCGAUAUUUGGGCCUUUGGCCUUGUUCUGUGGGAAGUGGCCAGGCGGAUGGUGAGCAAUGGUAUAGUGGAAGAUUACAAGCCACCAUUCUAUGAUGUGGUUCCCAAUGACCCAAGUUUUGAAGAUAUGAGGAAAGUUGUCUGUGUGGAUCAACAGAGGCCAAACAUACCUAACAGAUGGUUCUCAGACCCGACAUUAACUUCUCUGGCGAAGCUGAUGAAAGAGUGCUGGUAUCAGAACCCAUCUGCAAGACUCACAGCUCUACGUAUCAAAAAGACUUUGACCAAAAUCGAUAAUUCCCUAGACAAAUUAAAAACUGACUGUUGACCUUGUCACCGGUGUCAAGAAGGAGAGUCAAUGCUGUCCUUGUCCAGCUGGGACCUAAUGCUGGCCUGACUGGUUGUCAGAACAGAAUCCAUCUGACCCCUUCCCGAAGUGGCUGCUUUGACGGAAGCAGAUGUCUCUUCCCAGCCAUGUUCCAGGGGGAGACACCAAAACCACCCUAACCUCGCUCAAAAACUGUGACUCGAGCCCUCGAUGAACUGUUCACACCACAAAGACUUAACGGUGGGCAGGUCUGGUGGCAAGGGGGAGGGAAGUGGAGGAACCCAGAGAGAUCCUGCAGGAGAUCUGGGCAUUAAGACAGUGGCUCUCUGUGUAUCUUUCGCGGGUCUCCUAGACACUCCCCACGGGAAGCUCAAGGAGGCGGUGAAUUCGUAAUCAGCAAUAUCGGCUGCAUCUACUCUUUGUUGCACUAGGAAUUCUGUGCAUUCCUUACUUGCACUGUCGCCCUUAAUCUUAAAGACCCAACUUGCCAAAACAUUGGCUGCGUACUCCACUGGCCUGUCUCUGGAUAAUAGGAAUUCAAUCUGGCAACACAAAAAUGUACCGUUGGACUCUGCUGCAUUUUACACACGUGCUGAUGUUUACAAGGAUGCGAACAUUAGGAAUCGUUUAGACACAACUUUGCAAAUUAUUUAUUACCGGGGCACUUAGCGGUUUGUUUGAAACCGCCGCGUGCAUAUGUUAAAGCUUAUUUUUAUGUGGUCUUAUGAUUUUAUUACCGAAAUGUUUUUAACACCCAACUCUGAAACGGAUAUUUCCUUUUAUUAUCAGUUAAAUUCACAUUUAAGUGCUUCACAUUUUUUUUUUUAAAUGUGUGUAGACUGUAACUUUCUUUUCAGUUCGUAUGCAGAACGUAUUUAGUCAUUACCCAUGCAACACCACCCAAUAUAUUACUGAUUUAGAAGCAAAGAUUUCAGUAGAAUUUUAGUCCCAAACGCUGUGGGGGGGGAAAUGCAUCUUCUUUGGAAUUAUCCAUUACGUGCAUUUAAACUCUGCCAGAAAAAAAUAACUAUUUUGUUUUAAUCUACUUUUUGUAUUUAGUAGUUAUUUGUAUAAAUUAAAUAAACUGUUUUCAAGUCAAA